AUGUUCUCGACAUUUACGGGCAGCUCGAAGCGACCCCGUAAUGUCAACUUGAGCGGGCAGGCCGGCAACCCCUUUGCGAAUACCUCAUGGAGCCCCUCGGUCGCCUCGAAUGCCACCAAGACUGUCUCCGAUGCGCAGGCCGAACGGGAGAAACGACAGAUCGAGCGGCGGCGCCUCAAGGCCGCUGGCAAGAUUCAGAUGGUGUGGAGAGGCCACAGAACAAGAACAGCGCUGGCCGAGACGCGGAGGGCCAUGUUCGACGACAUUUAUAACUCUUCAUCGAACGCUAGCCCCGGUCAGCGAUCUCUACCUGCGAUUAACCUACUUCUUGCAUUUUUCUCGGCUCGGCGAGCCGACGACAUUCAGCGAGCCGUUACAUUCGCCAGAGACUCAGAUGAAGUCCCUCUCGACCAGAUUAUUCCGGCCAACAUGCAUUCCUGCAGACUAAGGCGUUUUGUGGACAUACUCGUCCAGUCGCUCCACGAAAUCUCCACCCCCGGGAGAGAUCCACUGCAAGACGCAGACAUACUGUUGAAGCUUCUUAUCCAGAUAAUCUCGGACUCUCCUACCAUUGUAAUAAAAUCGAUUGGCCAAUACUUUGAGGCACUAGCACAGCUCAGUCGAUCUCACGAAGCUGGUCAUUGGAAAGAGCUGAUAGCGACGGCCCUCACGAUACCGCUCCAUCAAGAGUCGGAUGAUGCAGAGUCAUGUGCAUACAGUGCCCUCGCCUUUUCCUUCUUGGCAAAGAAUGGCUUGACUCAGUUCGAGGCCAACAUAGACUUGUUUUCAGAGGCUAUUGACACUGGAAAGCUUUCCAUGGCAAUCAUCGCAGACUACGACGUCAAAUCCGGAAGAGCUAUAUUAUCCAAGGACGACUUAUUGUGGCUUUUGGCUCACUUCAUUGACCUUGGUCACAUCCGGCUGAACCCAUCCGAUAAGUUUGCUUAUCUGAGCGCCGUGUUUUCGCAGCUUUCGUUUCUUUCCGCGGAUUUAAGCGCGCGGUCUUCCAUUCGGUCUACAUCAGACGUGCCCUCCAAUGACCCCGAUUCCUCCAUUGCAACGCCUUUUUAUCCUUAUGUCUCACAUCAACUGAGCUCGCUUGUCGAUCAUUCUGGCAUCACUAAGCUUUUGCAUGAUUUCUCGGAUAGUUUGGCAGAGACGAUAAACCGUGAGCUGCAAAGAACCAGCAUCCUCGCCGGCUACAUACUCGCACUUCUUCAAUCCUUUCCGGGCAGCGCCGACGAUACACGUAUGCGGUUGUCCCUCGCCCAGAUUCCAACUACUACUGGCGAAAUACCGACGGUCAAGUUUCUAUGGCAGAUUAUGAAACAGACUUCUAUAUUCCGCAAGCUUCAGAGCGAAUCCGAGAAACCAACGGUCAUGCUGCGCAGGUACCUUCACGGAAGCUCUCGGCCGUUUGGGGAGACGAUCGAGGAUCAAGAAUGGCGCAUUAUCUUGCUCUUCCUUGAACUGUACAUGUUCAUCCUUCGACUCAGUGAUGACGAAGAUUUCUUCAGUGGUAUGAGCAAUCAGCGGUUUGAGAGCAGCUCAGCGAUCUCGCAGCUUCGAGCCUGCAGCUUGUCCCGUGCAGACGUCGAUGCCCUUACCACUGCGUUGAAGAACACCGCCUUUUCACUUCACUACAAAGCCAACGAGGUUGCUCGAAGCCACGAAGAGGCGGAACUGCUUACAGAGUCACGUCUGAAGCCUUAUCUCGGCUCUGAUGGUUCCGUUGAUGGGGCAGCAUCUGCGACGUCCGCAAGAGUCGACUUGGACAGUCUCCGAAGCAUCAUAACGACGACCCUGAGAAUGCUUUAUGAACGGGAUUCGAGAAUGCAUUUCUUGUCCGCGACUCACUGGCUCAUGACAGACAAGCUUGAACAAGAAGACUUUGUUAAUGCCGUCAUCGCGGAAGAAGAGCGACAGAAUCAAGAGGCAGAAGACAAGGACAGCGACGAUGAGGGGAGUCUGUCCUUGGAUGACUACGAUGUCAAUCCGGAAUUCUAUUCCACCGUCGCAGCCCAGAGGCUUUCACGAAACGCCAGGCUCGAGAGAUUGAAGGCACAACAGAUACGAUCGCAGAGAGAUCGCAGGCUGGCGGAAAUGGGCCCGAAGCUUGAAAUAUUGAAGCACAUGCCCUUUGUCGUCCCGUUCGAGACGCGGGUCAUGAUAUUCCGACAGUUUAUUCACCUCGACAGAGUCCGCAGAGACGGUGACAAUCCGUUUCCGAUGUUUCCAAUGCAUCCCUCGGCACGGCACCACGCCCGGAUCCGACGCGGGCAGCUGUUCGACGACGCUUACGAGCAGUUCUACCAACUAGGCGACGGCCUGAAAGAUCCCAUACAAAUCACCUUUGUGGACCAGUUCGAUGCGCCCGAAGCAGGCAUUGACGGUGGCGGUGUGACGAAAGAGUUUCUCACGAGCGUCACUUCGGAAGCGUUCGGGAAUGAAAGGGGUGGUCUGGGCAUGUUCACUCCCAACGAGCAGGGUCUCCUCUUUCCCAAUCCGACGAUUGCGGACACGAUGCGCCAGUCGUUACGGCAGCGUGGGUUGCGGGAUGGCGAUGGCGAAUUCGGAUACGCCAUGGCGAAUCUAUUCAAGCGCUUCGAGUUUCUCGGCCGUAUCGUGGGGAAAUGCAUGUACGAGGGGAUCCUCGUAGACCUGGCCUUUGCUGGUUUUUUCCUCCUCAAGUGGCCGUCGGCAGGAACAAAGGGGGAGAAUGCGUACAAGGGCAGCAUCAACGACUUGCGCGACAUGGAUGCGGAGCUGUACAAUGGGAUGCUACGACUCAAGAACUACGCCGGCGACCUCUCCGACCUCGGGUUCGACUUCACCGUCGAGGAUCAAGUCUCGGCGCCGGGGCAACCGGUGAAGACGGUGACGAGAAAGUUGAUUGCCAACGGCGACUUGACGCCCGUUACCAACGACAACCGUCUGCUAUACAUCUCGUACAUGGCUCGCCAUCGUCUCGUCGUCCAGCCGUCCCUGCAAACGGCAGCAUUCCUUCGGGGACUACACACCAUGAUCAAGCCUUCCUGGCUGUCCAUGUUUAACCAGUCCGAGCUGCAGCGGCUCGUGGGCGGGGACUCGUCCGAAAUAGACAUCAACGAUCUCCGGCACAACACCGUCUACAGCGGGCUGUACGAAAUCGGCGACGACAGGGAGGAGCACCCGACCAUUAAGCUUUUCUGGAAGGUCAUGGAGGGCUUCACCGACGCGCAGCGGCGGGAUGUUCUCAAAUACGUCAGUUCCACGCCCCGCGCGCCACUGCUGGGCUUUUCCCAGUUGAGGCCAAAGUUCAGCAUCAGGGACGGCGGCACGGAUGAGGAGCGGCUGCCGAGCACGAGCACCUGCGUCAAUUUGCUCAAGCUGCCGCGGUACACGAGCGAGAAGACGCUGCGGGACAAGCUGCUCUACGCGGUGACAUCGGGCGCGGGCUUUGAUUUGAGCUAA